CCUAGCGCCGAGGAGCAGCGGGACACGAGCGCUGCGGGACGCCGCGCUACCAGAAGCCGCUCCACCCGGAGCAGGAUGCCGGUGAUGAGGGGACUGCUUGCCCCCCAGAACACUUUCCUCGAUACCAUCGCCACGCGCUUCGACGGAACCCAUAGCAACUUUGUGCUGGGAAAUGCUCAGGUCCAGUCACUGUACCCCAUCGUAUACUGCUCCGAUGGAUUUUGUGAGCUGACAGGCUAUGCUCGCGCUGAGCUGAUGCAGAAAAGCUGUGCAUGCAACUUCCUGUAUGGGCCAGAGACCAACCACAAGUUGACUGGACAAAUGCAAAGCGCUUUGGAUGAACGUCGUGAAUUCAAGACUGAAUUGGUUUUCUACAAAAAAGAAGGUACCCAGUUUUGGUGUCUUCUUGAUAUUGUUCCCAUUAAAAAUGAAAAGGGAGAAGUUGUACUCUUUCUGGUAUCCCAUAAAGACAUCACAGACAAUAAGAAGGAUCAGGAUGAAGAACAGUGCCCUGAGACAGAUGAACAGACAGGUCUGGAAGUUCAUAAGGUCACACACCCACAGGGCUUUAAUGCUAGUCGGCGGCGAAGCCGGGCUGUGCUGUAUCAACUGUCUGGACACCUGCAAAAACAGGACAAAACCAAGCUCAAGAUUAACAAUAACAUGUUUGGGGAAAACCCACCUAUUCCAGAAUACAAGGUGGCAGCUAUUCAGAAAUCUUGCUUCAUCCUUCUUCAUUAUGGUACCUUUAAAGCUGUCUGGGAUUGGUUAAUUCUGUUAGCCACCUUUUAUGUGGCCGUCACCGUGCCCUAUAAUGUAUGUUUCACUGUGGUUGGUGUGCGUGAUGAUGUAUUGACACCCAGAAGUCCUCCCAGCAUAAGUGACAUCCUGGUGGAGAUCCUUUUUAUGCUAGAUAUUGUCUUAAACUUCCGCACUACAUUUGUAAGCACAACAGGCCAGGUGGUGUAUGAUACUCGCUCCAUCUGUGUGCACUAUGUCACUACCUGGCUGUUUGUGGACUUGAUUGCUGCGCUACCUUUUGACCUGCUUUAUGCUUUUAAUGUCAGUGUGUAUUUUGGGGUUCAUCUUUUGAAGACGGUUCGGUUGUUGCGACUUCUGCGCUUACUACAGAAGCUGGAACGCUACUCACAGUACAGUGCAGUGGUGCUUACCCUGCUCAUGUCCAUGUUUGCUUUGCUGGCUCACUGGAUGGCUUGUGUCUGGUACUUUAUUGGGCGCAAAGAGAUUGAAAAUAAUAGCCCAGGAUCCUGGGACAUUGGCUGGCUGCAUGAGCUAGCCAAGCGUCUGGGAACACCAUAUGUCCUUUCUCCUCUUGCCUCCCUCCUCCCUGAUUCUCUGAGGCCAAACCACCUGGACGGCUUGAGUAAGAACAUGAGUCAGUGGAAUUCGUCUAGUGCUGAUGUGGUUAGCCAAAACUUGGGAGGAAACUACAGCCAGUGGAAUGGUACAAGGACAGUAGACGGUCUUGGUCUUGGCUCAAUGCUGGGUGGUGGGCCAUCUGUAAGGAGCUCUUAUGUGACAUCCCUGUACUUUGCUUUAAGCAGUCUAACCAGCGUGGGCUUUGGCAACGUCUCAGCCAACACUGACUCUGAGAAAGUCUUCUCUAUUUGCACCAUGCUGAUUGGUGCAUUGAUGCAUGCUGUGGUAUUUGGUAACGUGACAGCCAUCAUCCAGCGAAUGUACUGCCGCCGAUCUCUAUACCACACACGCACAAAAGACCUGAAGGACUUCAUUCGUGUGCACCGGCUGCCCAAUGCCUUAGAGCAGCGCAUGCUGGAGUGCUUUCAGACCACCUGGUCAGUGAAUAAUGGAAUUGAUGUCAAUGAGCUUUUAAAGGACUUUCCUGAUGAGCUGCGAGCAGACAUCGCCAUGCACCUUAACAAAGAGCUGCUGCAGCUGCCACUGUUUGAAUCGGCUAGUCGGGGGUGCCUGCGCUCACUGUCACUUAUUAUCAAGACAUCAUUCUGUGCACCUGGAGAGUUCCUCAUCCGCGAAGGUGAUGCACUGCAGGCCAUCUACUUUGUCUGUUCUGGCUCCAUGGAAGUGCUUAAGGAAAACACUGUACUAGCUAUAUUGGGUAAGGGAGACCUGAUUGGCUCAGACUCACUGACAAGAGAGCAGGUGAUUAAGACCAAUGCAAAUGUUAAGGCUUUGACCUAUUGUGACCUGCAGUACAUUAGCUUAAAGGGGCUUCGCGAGGUACUGCGCCUUUACCCCGAGUAUGCACGAAAAUUCGUCAGUGAAAUUCAGCAUGACCUCACCUACAACCUACGUGAAGGAAACAGCAAAGAUGUGGACUGGGAGAGCAGUAGUGGCCUAGUAAAGAAGUUACCCUCCAUCCGUGAGGAUGAGGAGAACAAUGAAGACCAGAAUUCAGUGUCGCAGGCACCUUACUCAACCACCGGUUUUACUAGAAGGUUAAAUUCACCCCUGCGCUCACCCCUGCGCUCACCCCUGCUUCCUCCACGCCCUUUCCGCCCACCUUCCGACCACAGCCGUCCUACCGCACUUCAGAUACCUGUGGUCAGCUUUAGCAGCGCCCCUCCAGAGCUGAGCCCCAGGUUUGUGGAUGGCAUUGAGACAGAGAGCAAUUCUAGCUGUGCACCAAGGUUUGAAUUCACCUCCACCUUACCUGACAGCACCCCUCCAUUUCCCAGUCCAGUGAGUCAGGAGCAGGUGGAAACCAGAAAGAGCAUCAGCAAACUGAGUGAAGAGAUGAACAGCCUGUCGCAGCAGGUCUCCCAGCUCAGUAAGGAUCUGCAGGAAAUGACUCGCCUCCUGCACCCUCUUUUUCUCACUGCUCAACAGCCACUUCUUUCAACCCUUACCCCUUCACUGACUCCACCCCUCAGUAAUCCAUCUAUAAACUCACCUUCAGUUUCAUCUGUUCUACCCUGCUCUUUGUACAAUGCAGACAAGUUGGGCUUAGCAGGUCUUCCCAGAUGCCUUGUACCUACCAGCCCUCCACAGAGGCCACAGUCUCAGAAGGGCUCUCCUCAGGUAUACACCUCAGAGUUCUUCCAAAAAGAGAGUAGUGUCCAGUCUGACAUCUCUCUGGGCUCGACCAGUGGCUACAUGCAGCUAGCUACUGCGUCUUUUGCCUCUCAUGUCAAUUCCCCAUCUUUGUCCUUUUCCCUGUCUGUAUCUUCCUCUCACUCUCAGUCAUCUUCAUUAUCACCCUGCCAGGGACCUCAUCCAUCUUGCCCUUCUAGUUGUACCCAAAGCCUGUUAGUCACACCCCCUUCAAAAGACAUUCUACUUCCAUCCCAGGACAUCCCACCCAAGCCAAGCUUUCACUGCUCAGCACCUGCAUCCCUCAGCAGCUCCAGAGGUGACCACAGACAUGAAGGCACUUCCUCUCCAGUCUUCUCUGCCUCUACACCCCUGCUACAGACCUUGUCCUUAACAUCUCCAUCCAGUGCACACCCUUUCUCACUCUCACAAAUGGACAGACAAGGGUUAACUAGCCUUCCACUGAACCAGCAGAACUCCUUUUGUUUACAGGCAUUGCCUGCUACUGAAAAACCACAUCUGGAGCUUGAGAUGCAAGAAUGGGACUCAGCAGAGCAAAUCAGCUUUAUCAAUGAGAAAGGACCACGACUCUGAAUACAAUGAAAGAGAGAAGGAGAAUCACAACCAGAAGUAGGAUACAGCACUUCAAAACACCAAGACAUGGUGGAUUAGGAUGGUGGAGUAGGAUUUUUGCUGUAUCUAGAAAGGGUCAAUCCACCAUAUAAUAAGAAAAAAUAGGUUGCUGUUCUUUGAGGCUGUGGUUCUUUGGCAUCAUUUAACACACAUCAGCCAACCUCAACCAUAUGAGCCCAAAAGUUUGUGCUUCUCAGACAGACAGAAACCUUCAGUCAGUGGAGUGGCAAUCCAAACUAUAUUCAAACCAGCCAAUUUUUUAAAAAAGCAACUUGACCUAUAAGAAGAUCCAGGACUGUUAGUGUGCAUGGUAUUCACUGACCUCAUACAGGAUGCCAGGAUACAGAUGCCAUAUAUUGGCUGCUUCUUUCUACUGUCUGCUGGUCAACUUUAAUACUAUAUGUUGCAAGAAUGUUAUUUAUUUUAGAGUAUUUCCAGUGUUUCCAAAUCAUACUGAACAAACUUUUGAUCCACUAUUGGUUUCUGUAUUAGGUUUUUAGGUCUGCUGAUUUGGAGUAAUUACUUUGGAGCAAGCUGUAAUUGUAGGCAGCACAGUGGGUAGCGCUGUGGGUUUGUGCCUGGGUUUGAUUUCUAAACCAAGUGUCCAGAGUCAUUUUUGUGUGGAGUUUGCAUGCACUCCCUGUGUCUGCAUGUGUUUCUUACAGGUGCUUCAGUUUCCUCCAUUAAGACCAGUUUAUUAAGAGGGUGUGAUGUUGUUUGUUUGUUUAUUUGUGUGUGUAUGUCCGGGGUGUUUCCUCCGUUCACCUAAUGAAUGAGACCCACUGUGACCCUGACCAGGAUAAAGCAGUGGUGACCAGGAUAAACAGACAAUAAAUAAAUGAAUGAAGCUGUAA